CGCGAUCGGCUCCACAUAACCUGUCCAGCAUCUGAGCCCUCCCUGCUAAACUCAGCAAAAUACUGCAGUCCUCUGAUCAAGAGAACUUUGCUCCCCUUGCCGCACAGCUCCUGGCUCAUCCUUCGACCAGUAAGUGAGCGCUGCUUCACCACACAGCUCUCCGGAGCGGCCCCUACAGGAAUCAUUAACCAAUGGCAACAAGAAUCCAAGGAUAAAGUGAUUUCGCUCCUGUUAACUCACCUGCCUUUGCUGAAGCCCGGAAACCUCGACGCAAAAGUAGAAUAUAUGAAGCUGCUGCCCAAGAUUCUGGCCCACUCCAUCGAACACAACCAGCACAUCGAGGAGAGCAGGCAGCUGCUGUCCUAUGCUCUGAUCCACCCAGCCACUUCGCUGGAAGAUCGCAGCGCCCUGGCCAUGUGGCUGAAUCACCUGGAGGACCGCACGUCCACCGGCUUCGGCAGUGGCCAGAACCGAGGCCGCUCGGACUCUGUGGAUUACGGGCAGUCGCACUACUAUCACCAAAGACAGAACUCCGACGACAAGCUCAAUGGGUGGCAGAACUCUCGGGACUCUGGGAUUUGCAUCAACGCCUCCAGCUGGCAGGACAAAAGCCUGGGGUGUGAGAAUGGCCACGUGCCCCUCUACUCCUCCUCCUCCGUCCCCACCACCAUCAACACGAUUGGAACCAGCACAAGUACAAUUCUCUCAGGCCAGGCACACCACAGCCCUUUGAAACGAUCUGUGUCCCUUACCCCACCCAUGAAUGUGCCAAACCAGCCUCUAGGACAUGGAUGGAUGUCUCAUGAGGACUUACGAGCUAGAGGACCCCAGUGCCUCCCCUCCGAUCAUGCCCCCCUGUCUCCACAAAGCAGUGUAGCCUCUUCAGGAAGUGGUGGGAGUGAACACUUAGAAGAUCAGACCACUGCUCGUAACACAUUCCAAGAAGAAGGUAGUGGUAUGAAAGAUGUUCCGGCCUGGUUGAAGAGCCUGCGUCUGCACAAGUACGCCGCGCUGUUCUCCCAGAUGACCUACGAGGAGAUGAUGGCCCUCACCGAGUGCCAGCUGGAGGCUCAGAAUGUUACCAAAGGUGCGAGACACAAAAUCGUCAUCAGUAUUCAGAAGCUCAAAGAAAGACAAAACCACCUGAAGUCUCUGGAAAGGGACAUCAUCGAGGGGGGAAGCCUGCGCGUCCCGCUGCAGGAGCUGCAUCAGAUGAUCCUGACCCCCAUCAAGGCCUACAGCCCCCCGAGUGCCUGCGAUGGGGAGCUGGCCGUGGCGCCCCUGCCAGAGGGCGACCUUCCCGGGCAGUUCACGCGUGUCAUGGGGAAAGUGUGCACCCAGCUCUUGGUCUCCAGACCCGACGAGGAGAACAUAAGCUCCUACCUUCAGCUCAUAGACAAGUGUCUCAUCCACGAGGCAUUCACAGAGACACAGAAGAAAAGAUUGUUGUCAUGGAAACAGCAGGUGCAAAAGCUCUUCCGGUCUUUCCCUCGGAAAACCCUCCUGGACAUAUCAGGGUACCGACAGCAAAGAAACCGCGGCUUUGGGCAGUCCAACUCCCUCCCGACAGCCGGCUCUGUGGGCGGAGGCAUGGGCAGGCGGAACCCGCGCCAGUACCAGAUCCCCUCUCGGAACGUUCCCUCUGCCCGCCUGGGCCUCCUGGGCACCAGCGGAUUUGUCAGCUCCAACCAGCGCCACACUGCAACUAACCCCACCAUCAUGAAACAAGGAAGACAGAACCUCUGGUUUGCCAACCCCGGCGGCAGCAACAGCAUGCCCAGCCGCACACACAGCUCGGUGCAGAGGACACGCUCGCUGCCCGUGCACACGUCGCCGCAGAACAUGCUGAUGUUCCAGCAGCCAGAAUUCCAGCUUCCCGUGACUGAACCUGACAUCAACAACAGGCUGGAGUCCCUGUGCCUCAGUAUGACCGAGCACGCCCUGGGAGACGGGGUUGACCGGACCUCCACUAUCUAGAAGAUGAAGAUGAAGAUGAGAGGGACCACGCUGGCCAUCAACGUGACUUCAGGGUUGCACAGAAUCCUCCAAGAUACUUUGCAGCCUUUUCCCCCUGGUCCCUCGCUCAUUUUGAUUUUGUGAGAGUGUAGGUCAUCCUUGUAAACAUAUCAGUAGACCUGGGAUUGGUUAUGUUGUCAUUUGUUUCUGUAUGGGAUGGUUUGGUGUGUGGGGGUUGGGAGGGGUCUCUAGGGAAAUACGGGACUGGGAGGGGGUGGAGAGAUGCAAGUGGCUUCCUAGGUGGAAAUGGGGGGGGGUACUGCCAUGAAAGAGAGGAGAGACAGGACCUGGGAGCCUUCUCAGAGGACCUGGCUUCUCCGUCAGGCCAUAGGAGAGGAUACACGUGACCAAAACAAGAUGGCGGCUCAUCUGUGUGUGUCUCCCCGACUGGAUUUCCCUGAGCGGCCUGCUUAAAACAGCUGCACAAGAGGGCCACAUGGCAACAGGGGCAAGAAAGAAGAAAUUCCCUCCAGCAAAAUUUCAGAUAAACUUUGAUUUGUGUAUUGUUUACAUAAGAAUUUUAAAGGGUACAUAAUGUGUAAAGAGUUUGGGUGGAACUUCUCUUCAUACUAUGGUUUUUGUAAAGGAUUUAUUGUUAUGGAUUCAUUUUUUCCCUCUAUUUUUAUAAUAGCAGCAGGGUUGUCUUUUAAAACAGCUGCCAAGCUCUGCUUUUUGGGAAGACGGAUUUAGUCACACAGGCCUGAGUUGUCGCCUCUCACCAUUAAGGGGCGGAGCAUGUACAGGGUGGGUUCGAAGGACAAGGAUCUGACCUGAAAGAGCACAAGACUAGGCAAGGGCAGGGCAGAGGAGAAAGGCACCAUGUGAUCGGUGUCAGAUCUGCUCACUGGGCACCCAGCGAUUCUAAAGCCUGUAGCCUCUUUCUGGGCUGCAUUUGCUUCUCAUCUAAAGACCUCUGUCUUCCCUGCUAUGGGCUUCAUCCCAGCCUCUGGGCCUCACCCAGCGACACAGGUGGGUGCAAGUUCCCCUGGAGGAGGAAGGGCGCCGCCGGAUGCUGUCGCCUUGCAGGAGGCCUGAUACCUGGAGGAUGUGCCUGAAAUGUCUGCAGUGGCGUCGCUCAUAGGAACCCGAGUCCGGGGGCCGCAGCCCCCUUGCUCUGGCCCUGCUGAGGAGGAGAGAAAUGCCCAGCAGCAGUGUCAAGAGGGCCAGCCAGCAAGUAUUGGAGUGCGGAGAGGCAUCGGGCCACGUGGUCGGGCUCCACGGAGCAGGUGGGCAAGGAGAGCCGGAGGAAAGGUGAACUUCGAGACGUGAGCGACGGUUCCAUCCAAAUGAAGUGAGUCAGGUCUGCGAUACUGUUUGCUGAUUUCUCCACCCGCGCAGAAAGGCAAAAACCCCACCCGUUCUAUGGUGAGAGAGUAACAAACCGGUACCACAGAGGAAUAGCUCUGUUUCUUAAGGGCAAGACAGGCUGUUGCGAAUUGGACGCAGCGAAAGGUAUGAGGAAAUCAAAAAGGAACUGUUCUCUGCACUGGAAAAUUGGGUUGUGUACAUGAUGGGAUGAAUGCUCAGCUGGGAGAGCGAUCGGGAGCUGGUAUGAGGCCUGCUUAUUAACUGGGUGAAAUGGGUGCUUUUUUUCUUAAGAGUAGUCAGAGUCAAAAUUAAAGAGAUCAGACCAUGGAAAUUACUGUGCUUGCUGACGAUUAUUUUUAUAAAAAGGAGUUAUUGAAGUACACAUAGAUUUAAACAGCCUUGAUAAAAUCUGAACAACUUUUUUACCUUUAAGAUUAAAAAUGUAUACCCAGCCCAGACGUGGAUGCUGGGGCAAGACUUUCGAAGGCCUUUUGUAGUCCAAAGAGCUGAGAGCAAGCACCAUAACCCGUCAGAGGCUUUGGUGAGCACAGGAAGUUGGAAUCCAUAAUUGCACACAGUGCAGUUCAAAAAAGAAGCAAAAGCUUCCAGCCCCUCUGUGGGUCACCAGGUCCUAAAGACGCAGAUCUGGGUGCAGAAGGAGGCAGCAUGUUUUAGUGGAUUUUUUUUUUUUUAACCAAGUGCCAUUAACAUCCAUCCUGCCCAUUCCUUGUCUACACAGCAUGAUGUGAGGAACGCAGGGAUGGAGGAUCGCAUGUAAGGCGGGAAGAGCAGGGCAAGAUGUCGAAGGCCAAAAGCAAGGCCAGAAGGUUUGAGCAUGUGUUUUGGGGAUGCUGAGGAAGCGAACAAAGAGGUGCGAAAACGAGGGUUUUACACGACGAGAAAGGAGAAGCAGUGUUUGUGUCCGUGGCGGAACCCAUGCGUCUGUAAAGACUCAUUCAGAAAACGGAUUGUGAACACAAUCACCUUAGCAUGAAUCCUUUAAAAGGAAGAAGACCUUAAAGUAUUUGCCAAUCUGAAUUUCUAUUUAUUCCUUCACUGAAUAUAGAAGCAAUGGUUAUCUGAUUAUUAGAGAUAUUAUUUUGGAUAUGUUACUUAUUAACUUGCUAUGGCUGGUAACCAUGAUAAAGUCUGUUAUUAAUAACAACAUAAUUCUUUUUUUAAAAAAAGAAAAAGAAAAGCUUAUUUUUCAUUGACUGUAUAGAUUUAUCUACUUAGUUGUGUUUUGCUAUAUUAGUGUUUUAGUUGGGGUUUUUUUUUUUUCCUUUUUAAGUAGAGUGUUCUGAUGAAUUCUAGGAGCCCGUCCCCACCUUGUUUUGAGUCCUGUGUUGACUGCAGGUGUACAGCUCAAUUUAAAAGUCCUAAAGCAAAAAGAAUUUUAUUUAUAAAAGAAUCCAACAGUUGCAUGCCUAAGGCUGUGAAGUCGGAUAUUUAGUAAUAAAACGGCAGUGCCUUUUUUUUGUAUUUACCCACUGACCCCCCCCCAUGCAACUGUUUUAUAUUAAGUAAAUAGUACACCAUUUAAAACUCUCAGAGUAAACUCUAUUUCACUACACGGAUUUCUCCCCCCUUGUUCUGAUUUAAGCAGUGUGUGCCGGCAUCUCUACGCUGUCCGAGGGGCAGCUGCGUAUACGAUCUUGUUACCAUGUAUGAUGUUUUAUUGGUGCUUUUUACUCAUAGUAGUUUCUUACCAGAAACAGUAGGAAGAAACACAUAAAUUGUGUACAAGACACGAAACAUGCUGCUGAUAUGUUGGGUUUUUUUGUUUGUUUGUUUUUUUUUUCCACUUGCUUUUUGAGUUUGACUUUUUCAGCAAGAGCCAGGGAGCCGAGUAAACUGUUGGGUUUGCCUGCCCCGGGGCGCUGUUGGCAUCAAGCUCCCAAAUCCUGGGGAUGGUGGGUCGCUCCUAGGUACUCGGGAUCGGAGCUACAGCCGGGCUCUCGUUCGCUUGCCGCGACACUGAGGGAAACCAGGUUUCCUUUUGAGGCGUCGCUGGCUGCCUUUCACGCGAUGGGAGCCCGUCUUUCCGGGUCUUCGCUCUGCACUUCUCAUAGCUGCCGCGUGUGCGAGGUUUGCAGAUGCGAGUCCCCGGGAACCCGGGCUGAGGGCCACAGGAGGGCUGUGAGGGGAGGACACGCAGGCCCCGUGUGCCUCCCCCAGCUGUGCACCGCCGUCUGCCACGGCCUGGGUGCAGGGAGCGGCCUCCCGGAGACACCCGCUCGCUGGGGUGCACCUGUUACAAGCCGCACCCGCGGAAGGCUCAUUUGCACAUGGAGCUGUGAUAACACUAAUGUCGUGUUCUCUUGCUUUUUUACAAGUCAUCAGAGAUGUUUGCAAAGUGAGGUUUUCUUUUGUAAUCCCUUUAUCUUUACUUAAAGGUGAACGUGUAUUCAUUCCUCUGGGAGGGAUAGGAAGAAAACAGGAAUGUUAAUAAUGUCAAACAGAAGACUUCCUCCCUUAUUAAUAUAUAACCCUCAUGUAUUUAUGCCUAAAGUAAGCUGACUUUUAAAAAGCUUUCUUUCGUUGCAUGCCCCAUGCAGGCUUCUGUAUUGUAUAUGCAUGCCUUUUGUCCUGUUUUUCCUGUAUAAAGUUAGUGAACAAAGAAAUAUUUUUGCCUAGUUCAUGUUGCCAACCAAUGCAUAUUUUUAAAAUUUGUCAUAUAUGGAAAGAGCAUGUUUGUCACAUGUAAAAGCUUUACUGAUAUACAGAUAUACUAAUGUUUGAAGAUGCUGUUCUUUGCAAGUGUACAGUUUUCAAAUGUUACCAGUGAAGCACCCUCGUGGUUUAAACUUGCUACAAUGUAUUUAUUACUCAUUUCCUCCCAUGUAACGAAGAAUCAUGGCUAUAUUUCAUAUCAACGUUAUAUUGAAAGUGAAAGGGAAAU